GGAUUGCAUUUGGUCACUUCCUUCACAGCUUACUUUCACCCACUGUUGAUCAGUCCAAGUGUUCUGUCGAGACUUUGGUCUUCUUCCGACAUACCUACCUACCUACCUACGUCAUACGUAUAUAUCAUCGUAUAUCAGUGUUAAAGAGUCGAGACCUGUAAUUCUCCUGUCAAACCUUUAUCAUGGAUCAACAAGGACAUACUGGUCCGCAAGGACCGGCAGGACGUAGACUGCACAUUGCACAUCGCCGCAGCCCUUCUGAGCUGACUCCUCUUAUGAUGGAACAACUCGCUCUUGCACAACAGAUUGAAGCUCUUCAGGUGCAGCAGCAGCAGAUCGCCGCAACUCAUCAGCAGUAUCUCAACAUGGGCAUGAUUCCAAACCAGCAACAUAUGCAAGGUGGCCAAUACCAGAUGCAAGGACAAAUGGCCAAUGUAUCGCCCCAUACGAACCAGUUUCAAUUUCCACAACAGAUGCAACAGCAAAUGUCUGUGUCAUUGAACACGCCCUCGCAGCCGUCUGCUCACAGACGCAACCAGUCCGCCUUACCCAAUGUUGGUAUGGGUCCCCCACCAGCUCCGUCCUCGGGUGCCUCUGGAUUCCAGGAUUACAACAAUUCGCAGCCGCAAGGUCGUGAGAAUGUAAACCCACGUGGCCGUGGCCAGGGUCCUCCGGGAUCUGGCCAUACACGUCGCCAUUCGCUAGCCUUACCUGAGGCCAAAAAGGCUGCGGAAUUGGCUGAACAGAAAAGAAAGACAUCUGGCUUUCAAUUUCCUAUUCCAGGAGCCACUGGCACUUCCACAACCUCGAGCAACCGAGACGCCAGCCCUGUCGGAGCUCCAACAGGCGAGCAGCCUCCAGCGGCAGGCCGUGCUCAGCGCGGCGGCCACGGUCGCAGCCAGAGCAUGGCCGUAGGGGGUGGACGCGGCUCUGGACAAGGAGGUCGCGGGGGUCCUGCAUUCCAAUUUCCCGCCCAACCUGACAACUCAGCUCAAUCGGACUUCCAGCGCCGAGGCAGUGGGCAUGGCCGAGCUUCUUCUCGCAACUUUGACGGGAAUUGGAGGCAGCCUAACAACCAGCAGCAGCAGCAACCGCAAGACCAGCAGAAUAGCAACAUGGGUAACUUCAACUUGAAUCAGUCAGCAGGUGCCGCGCCCUUCCAGCCUGGACACCGCGCCCGUGGAUCCAUGAAUCAAUCCAUUGGCUCCAUCGGCAAUUUCCAGUAUCCUCAACAGCCGCAACUUGUGCAGCUCCCCCAGGGCCAGAUGCUCGUUCCUCCUCAGAUGUAUGGACAGAACAUUAAUCCCCUGCAGAUUGCUCACCUUCAGGCCCUCCAGGCUGCACAAAUGAAUGGCCAGAUGGGUGGCUUACAAGCUAGCCAGCAUGCUCAGCCUCAAAUGUCUCUUCAGCAGCAGCAACAACAGCAACGCAAGACGCUCUUUACACCCUACCUGCCUCAGGCCUCUCUGCCAACUUUACUGUCGGAGGGCCAGCUUGUUUCCGGUAUCCUACGUGUCAAUAAGAAGAACCGCAGCGAUGCUUACGUUACGACGACCGAUUUGGAUGCAGACAUUUUCAUCUGUGGUAGCAAGGACCGUAAUCGUGCUCUCGAAGGAGACUUCGUAGCUGUUGAGCUCCUGGAUGUCGAUGAAGUAUGGGGCCAGAAGCGCGAGAAAGAAGAGAAAAAGAAGCGCAAGGACAACUCGGAUACUCGUGGCGGUAGUAUGGCAGUCAAUGAUGCUACUACGCAGCCUGAAUCUAGCCAGUCUGGCGGAGACGGUUCUCUCCGUCGUCGUGGUAGCCUGCGACAACGUCCUACGCAAAAGAAGAACGAUGAUGUUGAAGUCGAAGGACAAAGCUUACUGCUUAUGGAGGAAGAAGAGAUUAACGAUGAGCAGAAGCCACUCUAUGCCGGUCACAUUGUUGCCGUCGUAGAGCGUGUCGCAGGCCAGAUGUUCUCGGGUACUCUCGGACUUCUUCGUCCCAGCAGCCAGGCCACCAAAGAGAAGCAGGAGGCCGAACGUCAAGCCCGCGAAGGGAACCACGGACGUCAUCAAAAUGAGCGACAGCAAGAGAAACCCAAAAUUGUGUGGUUCAAGCCAACAGACAAGCGCGUGCCCCUGAUUGCCAUUCCAACUGAACAGGCACCCCGAGACUUCGUUGAGAAGCACCAAGACUACGCCAAUCGCAUUUUCGUGGCUUGCAUCAAGCGUUGGCCAAUUACAUCCCUUCAUCCAUUCGGAACGCUGGUUGAGCAGCUUGGCGAAAUGGGCGAUUUGAGAGUAGAGACUGAUGCUCUGCUACGUGACAACAACUUUGGCCCUGACGACUUCUCGGAUGCUGUACUCAAGAAUGUCGGUUUUGAUGAUUGGUCCGUCGCGAAUGACGGCGAGCGAGGUCUUGAAAAUCGCCGUGAUUUCCGAGAGGAAGAGACUUUCACAAUCGAUCCGAAUGGUAGCAAAGAGCUGGAUAAUGCCAUUCAUGUCAAGACUCUUGCCGAUGGUCAUAUUGAAGUCGGUAUCCAUGUUGCCGACGUGGCCCAUUUCAUCAAGCCAAACUCCUUGGUCGACCGCGAGGCUAAGAAGAGAGGUACCGCUGUCUACUUGAUGAACAGAGCUGUCAAUAUGCUACCGCCUAAGCUGGCUACCGACAUAUGCUGUUUAAGCCCUGGCGAAGAAAGAUACACUGUCAGUGUGGUCUUCAAGAUCCAGAAGGACACUGGAAAUGUCAUCGAUGACGAGACCUGGGUUGGCAAAGCUGUUAUCAAGAGCUCUGGGAAAUUGACGUACGAUGAGGUCGACAAGAUCAUUGGAGGACGCGGCGACUCUGGAUUGGCGGAAUCGAGAGUGCAAGCCAUCAAAAUGCUCUACCAGAUUACUGAACGGUUCCGCCAGGCUCGCUUUGGCAACCGGUCUCCUGACAUCCCACCUCUACGCCUCUUGUACCAAUUGGACGACGAGAAUGUUCCUGUAGAACAGAACAUCUUUGACUCGUCCCCAGCUCAUGAAUUGAUAGAAGAGAUCAGCCACAAGACCAACGCCUUUGUUGCCAAAAAGCUUCUAGCAGGUCUUCCAGAGAAGGCUUUCCUCAGACGUCAACUCUCGCCAAACCCCAGGAGAUUGCAGACCUUUGCUGAUCGUAUGAACGCCAUUGGCUACGACAUUGACACAACAAGCAGUGGCACUCUACAAAACAGCCUGUUCGCCAUCGACGAGGACGAUCUUCGCAAAGGCAUGGAAACCUUACUUGUCAAAUCAAUGUCACGUGCCAAGUACUACGUCGCUGGACGUGUACCAGAGGAUCAGCAAGCACACUACGCGCUAAACCUUCCAGUGUACACUCAUUUUACGAACCCAUCUCGCCGUUAUGCUGACAUCGUCGUCCAUCGCCAGCUCGAGGCAAUUCUCUCCGAAGGCGCGACUGAGUUCCAGGAGGACGCAGAUACACUUGCCAAAAUUGCAGAAGCUGCGAACACCAAGAAGGACUCGGCCCAUGCCGCCCAGGAACAAAGUGUACAUAUCGAGUCGUGCCGCCGUAUGGACAAGCUCCGUCAAGAGGCUGGUGGUGAUUUGAUCAGUGAAGGUGUGGUGCUUUGCGUGUACGAAUCUGCGUUUGAUGUCCUGAUUCCCGAGUUUGGCUUUGAGAAACGUGUCCACUGCGAUCAGCUACCGCUCAAGAAGGCCGAGUUUGACAAGAACAAGCGCCUUCUCGAGCUUUACUGGGAGAAAGGUGUGCCGUCUUCCGCCUAUGUUCCUGAGGAUGAGCGCCCCAAGCCUGGCAACUCUCGGUCGGCCCAAGCUGUAGCUGCCGCUCGUGACGCAGAAGCAGCUAAACAGCGCGCGAAAGAGCACGAGGAGGCCCAGCGGCGACAAAUGGACACUGGUACCAUGUCGACAGAUGAUGUUGAUGCGCUUUUCGAUGAUGACGAUGAUGCGUCAGAGAUUACAGAGAUGACUGCGGGAGUCUCUUUGAGUGCUGCAGAUCGUCCAACCCAGAGCAUGCCGCCUUCACCAACCAGGGGCAGCCUCGAAUCCGGCCAAGCACCUCAUCGCACCAAUUCCGAUUCUCGCCUUGCGCAGAGUGCUACUGAUGCCCCCGAGACACAGUUGACGAACAAGGAGAAGUAUCUCAAAUUGUUCUCGCUUAGAGAAGUAGAUGGCGAUUAUAUCCAGGACGUGAGAGAGAUGACACGCGUACCGGUUAUCCUAAAGACGGACCUCAGCAAGAGUCCCCCAUGCCUGACCAUACGCUCUAUGAAUCCCUACGCUCUCUGAGAGGACAAGCCAUACUACCAAUCGUCAGCCACGGUUGCUUUGUAUUUUCCAUCAUUCCUGACAGCAUAGCUCGCCACUCUUUCGAGCUAUGCGGGCUAGUAAGCACGAAUCUUUCAGCAGAAAUCAUAAGCUUAGCGGUCCAAAUUGUGCCGCGUCCAAUCAUUACAACUAUAACGACCUGAGGAGUCGUGUGACGGUCCUGGGCUGAGCACCAAAUGGUCCGUUGUCAACGUUGACAAACGGCACCAGGCGAAGCAAUACGUUCAGCGUGUAGGCGGGUGGAAAGAGAGGAGAGAAAAGUCGAGAAUCCUGAGCGCUAGAUGAGUCAGUACAUGAUAUUGCUAUGUACCAUUGACCAGCGAGAGCGGUAAAGUGGAUGAUGGUCUUGAGACAUGACAU